CACUCUCUCUCUCACACACACUCUCACACACACACACUUUUCCCCUCUUCAUCUCAGAAGCUCCGACUCGUUUCAGACUGAAAACGCAGGAUGACGGAGCCGGCGUGUCUCCUGACGGACGGGCGUCCGCUCAUCACCGCGGCUCAGCUGGGGAAGCUGCGUUUGGUGCGUGUGCUGGUGGAAGGAGGCGCUCAGGUGAACGAGAGGAACGCGAGAGGAGAGACGCCGCUACUCGCCGCCUGCCGAUCUCUCCGCGCACACCCGUCAGAACCCAUGCUGAGGCUGAUCCAGUUUCUCCUGAAUAACCGGGCCGACCCGAACAUCCAGGACAAGACGGGCCGCACGGCGCUGAUGUACGCCUGCAUGGAGCGAGCCGGAGCCGAGCUAGCAUCCGCUCUCAUCGUAGCCGGAGCCGACGCGACUAUGGAGGAUUACUCCGGAGGAGCGUCGGCACUCGUCUACGCCAUUAACGCGCAGGAUCCGGACACACUAACGGUGCUCGUGGACGCCUGCAGAUCCCGAGGACGCGAGAUCAUCAUCAUAGCCACGGAUCUGAGCUGCGACGCUAGCGCUAGCCGCUAUCUGAACGUCGCGCCGUCGCCCGACACCUCGCCCGUCUCCUGCAUGUCUCCCUCGGACAUCGAGCUCAACACCAACUCUCCGAACUCCGACGGCGAAAACAUCUUUAGUUUCCGAGCCGACGGAUCUCCGGCGCGGAGCAGAAGCCGGCUGCGGUCCGAACCGUGGCUCGCCAUCCAGAACCUGGCGGCUCUCAGCCACGCCUACGAGAAGAGCCUGGAAGACGCCGUCGAAGAGGGAGAACAGGAUAAACACUCACUUCGCAGAGGUUUCCCAGUGGAGGAAAGAGAUGUGAAGCUCAGGAACCCAUCGGAGCGCAGAAACACGUUACCGGAUCUCCUCCCGGCGCCGUCACUCAAACUCACGCUCUCCGGCUCGGACACACACCUCCACCGGACGCCGUUCGGGUUCCCGUCCGUCCACAGAACCGGCUCGCUGUUUCUGGCUCCGCCUGACGGGCUUCGCUCGGGGAACAGGAGGUCCAGAGAGCAGAUGAGCGGGCUCUUGCCUCCUCUUCCCGAUCGCUCCGGUGGGAACGAGCCGCUCCGGGACUCGCUCGCUCUCGCUCCGGUACGCCGUCUCUCGCUCCAGCUCCAGGAGACGCUGUGA